AUGAUGAAGGAUGUAGAUGACGUAGAAAGUAAUGAUGACUCAACAGGAGAGCGAAUUGUAUUAAUUUCUAAGUCAGGAGGUCGUCAUCAAAUAGACAAAAACGUGCUUUUUCGGACUAGUAAUUAUUUCCAAGGUUUGGUGAACAGUGGAAUGAGAGAUGCCCAUUGUAGAGAGUUUACGUUGGAAUGUUUAACAAAUGAAUCUUUAAUAGAAGUGAUGGAUUAUUUUUCCAAGUUCUCAACCAACGAGUUGGAAAGCUUGAAGUCAUUGAAUGAAGUAGAAGCAGGGUUGGAUGGUGCCUUCUAUUUACAAAUCAAUGAUAUGAUCGACAGCUACAUUGAAUUGUUGCUGAAACAUUUGAACUAUUCAACAUGCCUACGUAUUUUGGACAUUGCAAACAAGUACGUUCUAAUUGACCGGGUGGUGGAUAAAGUUAUUAAAUACGUGUCGAAGAAUUUUAAAAAAAUCUCAGAAAGCUCCAAAACAUUUUUAUCACCAGACGAAAUGUUUCGCUUGGUUGCAUCGGAGGAAAUAAAUUCAGACAGCGAGAUGGAUGUUUUCAAUCUGAUAAUUAUGUGGAUUUCCGAGAAUGAGUUGAGGAAAUGUUUUGCAAAAAAGUUGUUGAACGAAGUGAGGUACAAUUUGAUGACAACCUCAGAGAAACAGAAAUGUUCAGCUAUAUUUCACAAUAUGAAUUUAAAUAUGAACUAUAGUAAAGAUAAAGAUUCAAAUAUUUCUCGCACAGUUGGUAAGCUCUUUGUGGUUGGAUCAACUGAAAAAAAGCACCGGGGUAAAAACUUUUUUAAUAUUCUGCCAGUUUAUAACUUUGUUGAAGCUUGCAAGACCAGAAGUAACGGCGCUGAGCCAAAACCCAUCAAAUUCAAUCCCUCAUAUAGAAGGCGACCACCACUUGAUCUGUUUCGUUAUAAUGCCUGUGUGGUUGACAACUGUUUGUAUCUGAUCGGACAAUUGCGCCGGAAAUGGACCUGUCGUGAAAUUCUCGUGUACGAUCCUGUUACUGCAGUCUGGUCUAAGGGUUGCAGCAUGCAUCAUCCGAGGCGUGAUUUCUACCUGGGAGGACUAGCUGGUCAUCUAUAUGCAGUUUCAGGUUACACCACCGGCGCCAACGAAACUCCAACAGUUGAAAAAUACAUACCGAGUGAAAACCGAUGGUACAUGGUAGAACCUUUACCUCUUGCUCUACCAAGUCUGGCAGGUUGUGUGUGCAAUGGUAGUAUGUAUGUCAGUGGUGGGGUUGAUGAAAUAUUCCAUGUACGGAAUCUGAUGUACCAGUAUGACCCUUCUUGCAACAAAUGGUUCUCGAGGGCUCCCAUGUUGACGGCACGUAUUUCCCACGUUAUGACAAGCACUGGUAACAAGAUUUUCGCCGUUGGUGGUAAAAUUACAACAAAUGGAUUAGAUGAGUCAUUUGAUGAAAAUUUAGACGAUUAUGCGAUGGAUGGAGAGAUGUAUGAUGUAGAGAGUGACCAGUGGUCAUCUGUGUUGCAGCUGAAGUUGCCUGUUUAUGGUUUACCAUCCAUCACUAUCAACAACUGCCUCUACAUCUUUGAUAAAAUUCCAACUUUGUUCCUGUUCCAAAAAAUUAAUCUGUGCAAGUACUUGAAGGAGGAGAAAACGUCAAAUAGUUCAAGUUCAUCAUCAAUGCAAGACACGAAUGCUAAUAAUAUUAAUGUUGUGACGAAUGAAGCAAAGGAACAGAAUUCUCACUGUGUUGAUACUGACCCUGAUGAUGACUGCCAAAUUUUGAGAUAUAAAAAUCCCAAUGGCAAAACAUCGUUUGAUUGUCAAUACUUAGGUGUCAUGAUCAUGUCGGAUAUUUGA